AUGUCACUCUUCAGGGGAACAUCGGUCACCGUCUGCACCUCACCUCCUCGAUCCUCAUCUCCUAAGAUGACAUCUGAAUCAAACUUAUAUCCGAAAAUGGGCGCAUGGAAGGAGAUCAGACCUCGGCUUUUGCCAGCUGUGAUCACCAUGGCUCUCCUCCUUCAGGUUCUUUUCUUGGGGAACAUGUGCUAUCUUUAUGCAACACAGUUCCGAAGUACCACCCGUUAUCACAACUUCAAUGUGCUUUAUGUUGACUAUGAUGGCGGUAUCAUUGGAAAGUCCGUGUCAGACGCCUACCAACAAUUACGCGGAGAUGGAUUCCCAACCUUGAAGUCGGAACCUUCUAAUGAAUAUCCCCAACCAGAGGAUAUUCGAGAAGCCGUAUGCCGCGGUGACUACUGGGGGGCUGUCUAUACCACUGAGGGUGGAUCAGCUGGUCUGGCGUCGGCGCUGGUAAACGCGUCCAGCCCGCCGAACUUGCUCACUUAUAUCUGGAACGGGGUGAGAUACCCGGUUUUCUCACAGGCCGCGGUAUACUCCAACAUGUUGAAAUUGAUUGAAACCACAAGGUCAACAUACUACGCCAACAACGGAUCUUCAGUGGCCACCUCCGCCGACCUCUCUAAUGCAGCCACCCUUCAAGCGUUCCUUAACCCCAUCCAUGCCGAAGAAAUCAACAUCAAGGAUACGGAACAAGGUACAAGAGUCUUCUACAACACAGUAUCCAUGGUGAUGCCGAUCCUCCAACAGUUCUUUUUCAUGUUGGCCCUGAACGGGAUCUCAACACAUUUUGGCGCAUUCACCAAAUUGUCCUGGAAAACCAAUGGCCUGAUUCGCGUCAUAGCCUCCAUCCUCUACACCCUCACGGGAUCGCUGUUAAUGACCGGGUAUAUAUGGGCAUUCAGGGAGUCCUGGGGACAGCAAGGAAGUCGGUUUGUGCUUACUUGGGUCAUUAUGUGGCUUCUGAUGCACAUCAACUUCCUGUUUUUCGACAUCACGACUGCUUUCAUCCCGAUUCAGUUCAUGCCGUUUAUUGUUUUGACAUGGAUCAUUCUGAAUGUUGCCAGCACCAUCAGCCCAUUUGAGCUGAAUCCCGGAUUCUUCCGUUGGGCCUACGCUCUUCCCUCCCAUGAGGCAUACCAGGUCCUGAUCCAGAUCUGGUCUGGUGGGUGCAAUAAUCGGCUCUACCGUACGCUCCCUAUAAUGUUCUCGUGGUGGAUUGUUGGUGUCCCCGUUGCAGUUUAUGCAAUGCAACAUCGGUGCAAAGCUGCUGUGGCCGCCCAGGAAGCCUUGGAUCGUGCGGGCCUGGAAAACCAGUCCGAAAAAAAUGCGAGAACGAACGAGACGGUGACGCAAGUUGGUAGCUCACGUCAAUUGGACCAAAUUGGGGACUCAGUCGAGGCUCUUCCUCGUCAUGUUGCCUGA